AUGCGGAGCGACGUGGCGGGGGAGCGGCGGCGUGGGGAAGAUGACGCGCCUGCCGGCGAGGGCUUCGUUGAGGAGUCGUGUUUUCGCGUGAAGGAGCAGCUGGAAGCCGCGCUACUGAACCGCGAGGGAGGCUUUGAAAACUUUUUCCAGCAGCUGUGCAACGCCGAGGCCGCCGUGGACGCGCUCCAGGGCGAAGGCGAGUCUGUCAAGAUCAUCCUCACUGACGCGCGAGAGCUCCGCGGCAACUUAAUCGCCGUCGACGCAAAGGGCAACCUUCUUCUCCAAAACUGCAGAAUGCGGACGUGUGUGAAGUACGGAGACGAGGGAGUCGAGGCGGAGGAGUGGCGCGAAAGCUUCGUCCCAGUUCCGCUGCUCUGCCCUGCCUCGUGGAUCAAGUCCUUCCGCGUGCGUCUGGACUUCCUGUUGUCCGCAUGA